UACCUUGAGAUGCAGGAGAAUGAUGCAGUCAACAUCCACCUAGGGAAAGUCUAUUCUAGUGCAGACGCGGCGAGGGCAGAUGUACGUCUGUACUGUCGGCAACAGAUGGUGGCUCCGUACUUUCAUUACAAUCGUAGUAAUCUCAUUGAGGUGCGGUGCAAGAGCAUGCAGGGGAAGGGUUGGCCCAAACGAGAGGUGAGUAGUGACGCAGCGCUAUGCCCUUUUCGUAUCAUCGUGCGCGGGCCUGUUAGUGAUAACCUCAGGGUCACGAGAGCUCAUUUAGAGCAUGCGGAUAGGUGUACAAUCGGUGCGGCUAGGGUUCAGCGGGAAGAGGUGGAAGAGGUUGCACGUGAGAUGAGAAUGCAUGGCGAGGUUAGACCGGCAGCGUUGAUGAGUCGCGUUCAUCAGGUGCUGGGUGUGAAGUGUUCUUAUACUCUCGCACGGGAGGUGCUUUGGGAGUUGAGCGAUGAUGAGCUUUUUGGGGGAGAUAAAGGAUUCGAGUACAAGGGGGACCUGCUGAGAAAGUUUAAGGCUGAGAAUCCGUCGUGCAAAGUGUCAUUUGUGAGGCGGGGUAACAACUUCUACCGGGCCGGUGUCAUUUAUCCAGGGGCCAAGGAGACCGUGAUGAACUGUUUGCCUAUCCUUUUUGCCGAUGGUUGUCAUAAUAAGACGAGAUGGGGGGGAUACACAUUGAACAUUUGCAUGCUGGACAGUCAGCACAAGCUUGUUAGGUUGGGGUGUGCGUGGGUCGAGGGCGAGAACAAACAGUCGUGUACCUACCUCUUUCAACUCUUGCUAGAGGCAGUACCGGAGGUGAACUCCCCCGAUUUUGUGAUGAUGCAUGAUAGGGGGGGUGCAUGGAAGCUGGCGACAGCAGCCUGUCUCCCCCUAAUACGGGAGUCCUUUUGCAUCACUCAUUUGGUGCGCAAUUUCAAAAACAAGUUUCGGACGGACUUGGAUGGAAGGAUCCUCGCAGCUGCAGCGGCUCUCACUCCAUUGGUUUACCACGAAACGAUGGAGAAAAGCGAGCAAGAAUGCCCUGGUGGGAAGGCAUAUCUUGUUGCCAACGGUUUGCAUGAGAAGUGGGCCACGGCGCACUUUGGUGCUCCGCGUUUUGGCUGCAUGACCUCCAACCCUGUUGAGUCACACCACGCAUCACUCUCAGGGCUGCGUGACAAAAGUGCCCCUCAAGUAUUGCACCUCUUGACGGUCAGGCUCUCAAAGAGUAUUGAAGAGAGGCGCCUCGAGUACUCAAAGCUCACUGAUGCUGUCUUCCCGCCAAGGACACGACCAAUUAUCAAGGCAAACUGCGACGAAGGGAAGAGAUACGAUGCUGAAGGGUCCGGCGAGAACCGGUUCAUUGUGAGCCGCGAUGAGGUGGAAUCGAGAGUCGUGACUACUGACCCCGAGAGGCCUACAACUACCACCUGCACGUGUGGUUACACCAG